GCGGCCUGGUUUCCCGCGCUAACGGAGGGAGUGACGUGUUUCCCGUCUCUCUCCUCGGUGUGUUUUGAGCGGAGGGGCUCGGAGCAUCGCUGCCGUUAAAGCUCCCACAGCCCCCAGCCCUGACCGCGGCCUGCUCCACAAAGGGAUGUGACGGGAGGCUCAGUCAGCGCGCCGUGUUUCAGCUCAGGAGGAUACAGAGUGGCUGGUGCAGGCAUGAGCAAGGCCAGGUUCAGCAGAGACAGGAGAGUAACCAGAUUAACUCGCAGCUCCAUCAGCUCACAUGACUCUGGCUCAGCUGCGUCUCAGCAAGGAAGACCCUCAGAUUCGGGCCUACUUGAUGACCUCAGCCUCAUGAGGGUCAGUGAGCUGCAAACCUCAUUAACACGGAAAGGAAAGCCAUCAAAGACAGGCAGUGAUGUCAGUGAGAGUUCAUCAGGCAGCACUAAGCAUGGCCUCCCUUCCCCCUCUGGCUCUUCAGUGCGAGCCCCAGGCCGCACAGCCCCACGGGGGGCUCUAGAGACCGUGGGCCGGCUGAUGAAACUGGGGCGCCUACGUAAUGUGGUAGUGGUGGCUGGGGCUGGAAUCAGCACCGCUAGUGGUAUACCAGACUUCAGGACGCCAGGGACAGGCCUGUAUGCGAACUUGGAAAAGUACAAUGUUCCCUACCCCGAAGCUGUCUUUAACAUUGACUACUUCUCUGAUGACCCUCGUCCUUUUUUCUCCUUGGCCAAAGAGCUGUACCCUGGCCGGCAUCGUCCCAAUUAUAUUCAUUAUUUCAUCCGCAUGCUGCACCAGAAAGGCCUACUGCUCCGAAUGUACACUCAGAACAUCGACGGCCUGGAGAAAAUGUGUGGUAUCCCAGAUGAUAAGCUGGUGGAAGCUCAUGGAAGUUUUGCCACAGCCUCCUGUCACCUGUGCUACACACCAUUUCCUGCUGAGGAAGCUAAGACAGCCAUCAUGAGUGACAGUGUACCUACAUGUUCGUUUUGUUCAGCCACUGUCAAGCCGAAUGUUGUGUUUUUUGGUGAAGAUUUACCUGAAACAUACUUUCAGCACGCCCAGGACUUCCCCAGAGCAGACCUGCUCAUGAUCAUGGGCACUUCCUUGCAGAUUGAGCCGUUUGCCAGCUUGGUGAACACUGUGAAAUCUAACGUGCCCCGGUUGCUGCUAAACCGGUACGCAGUGGGGCCAUUUGAACGCAAGCCUCUGAGGAGAGGAGACUACAUGGAGCUGGGAGAUCUGGUGGACUCAGUCAGACGGCUGGCAGAGAUACUAGGCUGGCAUGCUGAAAUUCAGGACCUGAUGAACAGCCAUGAGAAUGGGACCCUCCCCAUGCUGAUAAGCACUUCACCAUCAAGCACUGGAGUUCUAGUUCCCUCAUGCAGCAGUGAAGAGAGCGACUCCUCAGAGACGGAGAGCAAGAGCACAGAGCCAUCAGUACUAAGUAACCACAGACCUCUACAAGCUUUAUGAAAAAUACACAUGCUAACAUGAUUCUCAACACUUUUAAUCCACUUGUUAAAUGUAGGUAAUACUGUAUAUGGGUUUUUUAUGACAAAUUAUAUAUAAAAAUGUAUAGCACUUCCUGAUCUAUGGGGAAUAUUAAAUUACUAAUUAAUGGAUAAAAGAGAAUACACUGAUGUAUUCGCUUUCAACACUGCAUACAUUCUUAAUUUAACCCAUUAAUGCCCAUAUCCAUUCCUUUGGUCUAUAUGUGGUCCCUGAGCUUACCGCUGCACAAAACACAAAGAAAUGUUUAAAACUGAUUUAAACAAUAUACCAUUUUAUUCAUCAUCUUAUUCAAUCUAGUUUUCUGGUCACAUUGACUUGCUGACUUUUUUUUUUUUUUUUUUUAGCAAGACAGCAGAAAAUCCCUUUUUUGUAAAUUUAAAUAUGAAACUUGCAUGUAAUCAAAGUACUGUUGAAUGUUCAUCUAAGGUACACAAAACUUUCAUCACACCUUUGGUAGCUUUUUAGUAGCUAGACAUAAAUGGGUUAUAAGAUGGAUUGUUUUGGGCAUAGAGCCUUAGAGGCAAGGUAGUGUUGCAGAAGGACCGCAUUAAUGAUGCAAUGGAAAUAAAUGUAGAUUGGAUUUGUUUGUUGGGUCAAGGGGUGCUCUGUGGAGCGUAGAGAAGGCCCAGCUCAGAGGACAGUGCUAAAUUAGCAUAGGAGGUGUGACCUCCUGAGUGUGCAGUGUCCUAGUGUGUGUGUGUGUGUGUGUGUGUGUGUGUGUGCGUGCGUGCGUGCGUGCAUGCAUGCAACCUCUGAGCUGGGGCCCCCCCUCCAAAACUCUAAUAAAUGUCUCUGCUUGGCAACAAAGAACCCCAAUAUCCUGCUGCUGUGUGUUUUUGUGUGUGUGUGUGUGUGUGUAGGUGCGUGUCAAUACGAAGGGGGGGCCUGUAUGAGAAAGCUAAUUUUGUUUGCUAGUGUUUGCGAGAAAGCAAUUAUUACAUUUUGCACAGUCGAUUAAGUAACGAUAAUGUGGUCUUGAUCUUAUCUACUCUGAUCGCAUCCUCUGUUUUGGGUUUUGAAACAUGUUUCAGGCUCUUUGUAUAGGUUGGCACAAAGCCUUGACCAUCUGUUUUACUGUGUGCUUAUUUUUUUACCCCCAAGAGUAUAAAACUGUUAGGAAUGCAAAUAAUUUUGUGCCUUCCCUGUGAAUGGUAUGCUUCUUUUAGAAUUGUUUUUUUUUUUUUCCUUCCUCCUCACACGUAUUUUGCAUUCUUUAUAUCCAGAUGCUGCUGUUUUGUAGGUGAUGUACCUGUUUCAUAUCCAGUAAUGUUGACAAACACGUAAUAAAUAAAAAUCUAAGCCAA